AUGCCAAUGCCAGCGAUUCCCACCUCGAUGCUUCUCAAGGCGCCUUUCCCUUCUUCCAGUGUCUUCUCAUCCGCUGUUUCGGCCGUAGUAGCUAAACGCCCAUCUUCCCACUACCAACUCAGGUCCCACAUUUCCAGCCCCUUACUCUGCGAUGAUAUCCUACAGCGAUUGGGUUCAUCUCUGAAGAAACAUUCGCCAUGUGAUAUCAUCGACAUCCUCCCUGGUGCCGGGCUCUUUUCCGCAAAGCUCCAUAAUUAUAUCAAACCUCGACGUCAUCUGCUGAUCGAACCCAACACCCAUUAUUACCAGUCGUUUCUAAAAUCCUUGACUGAAGACCCUAAUUCUUGCUAUAAACAUCUACCCUGGGAUCCCUUCAAUGUCAGAACGAUUGAUGAUAUUUUUGAACAAGGACAUCUGCCGGAACAAACACAGCGGGCCCAAGUUUGUACUGACGAUAGCGGAUGCACAGUAAACGACUCGCUUCUCGUGUUGGCAAACGUGACCGCUAAACCUCAAUUCGGGGAAACCUACGGUCUUCUGCUGCGGUAUCUGGAGGCCUGUUUUGACCAGACCAUGUUUCAUCGCUAUGGUUUGGUCAGGGUGAUUGCGCUUAUGUUAUCCGAUGAUGCGGAGGUCAUUUUGCCUAGAAUAGUUUCAAGAAGAAGACGAUCUGCGGCCAUCGUCGAGGCCACAUGCGCUGAAAUUGUCGAGGUCUCAGGAGAUAACGCACGCGAAUUAUGGCACGCCCAGAAGGGAAUCUCGACGCUGGAGAUAAGCAGAAAGCAGGUCGAAAAGCGAGCUGAGAAUAAUGGAGUUGUAACUCCUGGCGGUCGGGAAGCCUCUCCUCCAGAGCUUGCCCCUGACCCAAACACGCACGGGAAGCGUGUAGAUUAUAUUCCUCGACCCAAACGGCAGUGGCACGAUGCGUAUAUUGAAAUCACCCAAGAUCCCAACUUUCCGGACCUUCGAGUGAAAACACCAAGGGGAAGACCGUCAUCGAAAACUCCUAAGCGAACUGAUAUCCGAGAUAAAUCAGUUUAUUCUAAGGCUACUAGUCUCCAUAGGCGUCUCGUUAGUGAAAAUCGUGAAGAAGCGGUGUUCAGAGAAGUAGAACCAAAAAUAGCGCAUAUUGAGAAGCUGGAGGUUGAAUUGGUUUCAAUGUUGAAUACACAAACACCAACUCUAGCCGAUGUGGUGGAUUUUGCAAAAGAAAUCCAUCAGGAGAAAUUGAAAGUUGAAGAACUACUCAGCUCGUGUAACAGCAGUGCAAUAUCGCGUUUUGAGACACUUAUGGAGGAACGAAUGUGUUUUGAUGGUGUCCUGUCCGGCACUAAAGAACCUCUUCUUCUUUGGGACAAACGUCCAUAUGAGCCCCUAGAGGCUGGUGACGACGAAUUUGUACCCAACCAGCUUUGCUCUGUCAUCGAUUUCCAGCCAAAUCCCAAUUCACCCGCAAUCCAAACCCAGCAAAUACAUCUCAAAAAUAAAACGCCCCAUACAUAUAUAUUAAUGAUUCGAGCUUUCCGCCACCUCAUGGGCACUGUGACAACCCACAGUCAAAAACCCGUCAGCGAUAUUUUGCGCUUAAUGUUUCCUGAUCGCUCGAUGUCUGACUUGAUCCAAUCCAUUCCCAGCCUCGCUCCAUUUUCACGGCCCAAGGUUCUUCAAAUGACCGAUUCUAAAAUAGCAAUGAAGCGACUUGUAUCCUUGUCUUCAGCCGAUAAUGCCAAGAAGCCCAUUCAAGAGGUCGAUCCCGGACUUGUGGAACAUGAUGAAAACUGUUUUAACGCGGUAAAAGUUCGACAUCUUCCUUCCUCCGUUCUGUGGGAUAUAAUUGUUGAAUGGCAGGCAUCGUCCAGCGGAUUCGAAGCUGAAACGGACAUUUAUAGAGCUCUUGGUGGGGCGUGGGUCAAACGUAUGGAGGGUGAAGGUUUCACAACGGGUUACGCGUAG